AUGGGCGAGGCGGAGGGCGGCUCGGCGAGCGCUGUGGAGAAGCCGCCGCUGCCCGCGGCCGGGCCCGGGGCCGCCGCGGCGGUCGCUGCCGCUGCAGCCGCUGUUGCAGCCGCCGCGGCGGCCGCAGCUGCCGCCCCGGAGCCCGGCGUGCCGGCGGAGGAGGCGGUGGUGGUGUGGAGCCCUGAAGUGGAGGUUUGCCUCUUCCACGCCAUGCUGGGCCACAAGCCCGUAGGUGUGAAUCGCCAUUUCCACAUGAUUUGUAUUCGAGAUAAAUUCAGUCAGAAUAUUGGACGACAGAUUUCUUCCAAAGUGAUUUGGGACCAUCUGAGCACCAUGUAUGACAUGCAGGCUCUUCAUGAAUCUGAGAUUCUUCCAUUCCCUAAUAUAGAGAAGAAUUUUGCUCUUCCUGAUGAAAUGAUUCAAGAAGUGAGAGAAGGAAAAGUGAUGAUAGAAGAGGAAGUGAAAGAGGAAAUAAAAGAAGAGAUGGAAACACAUGCAGGUCCAGAAGAAGUUUUUACACCCUCUGGAAGUUUAGGAAAAACAACUGAAAAGCCAAGCAGCAAAGAGAAAGAGAAAACUUCAUCAGAUCCUGGGUCCAAAGAAGGAUCUGAUAAGAGGAAGCGCAACAGAGUCACUGAGAAGGUCUUAAACGCCAACAGUAACCCUUCCAGCCCAAGUGCUGCCAAGCGACGCAGAACAUAGAGCUGGGAGAGAGAGGAGUGAGAAACUGGAGCACUCAAAACGAGUAGUGGGACAGUCGCUACCUAAACUUUUUCAGAAAGGAAGAGAUACCUGAGCCAGGUAUUUGAAGAAUCCACACCUCAGUGUUAGAUGUGCAAGACUUUGUCUCUCCUGAUGUGGCCCUGAGCACUGGCCACUUCCCAGAGUGCUGGUGGGGUUCAGAGUUUGUGUAUGUGACAAUUCCAGUGGGAACAUUUCAGACCAGUAACGCUCUGUCUCGGCACAGUUCAGGAAACAAGUGCUCAGUGAACACAGUUCAUGAAAAGCUUAGGUUAUUUCUGUAAA